GGAAGGUGACUUUCAGAAGUCUAAAACCUUCCUAUCCUCACUAGGCUUUCAGGAUCAGUGCUUACUUGGAUAUAGUGACUUCUAGCCUCAAGAGUUUGCCCUUUCAAUCCUGGAGAAGAUGCAAGCUCAGGAGAUCCUGAGGAUCCUGCGUCUGCCAGAAUUGGAUGAUUUCAGCCAGUUUUUGCGUAACUUGCCAGCCACCACAUUAGUGGGUAUUGGGGCCUUUGCUGCUCUGCUGGCUUACUGGUUUGCUAAUCGGCCAAAAGCUGUUAAGCCACCAUGUGACCUCCUGAUGCAGUCUGAAGAAGCUGAGGGCUCUGAUGGGGCUCGGCGAUCCGUGAUUGGAGGCAGCCCCAAGCUGCUGAACCAUUACUAUGAUGAUGCUCGGACAAUGUAUGAAGUCUUCAGGAGGGGGCUGAGCAUCUCUGGAGAUGGUCCCUGCCUUGGAUCCAGGAAGCCCAAGCAGCCAUAUCAGUGGUUGUCCUACAGAGAGGUGGCAGACAGGGCAGAGUUUCUGGGAUCAGGACUCCUCCAACAUGAAUGUAAACCAUCAACAGAGCAGUUUAUUGGUGUCUUUGCUCAGAACCGUCCAGAGUGGAUCAUCUCGGAGCUGGCCUGCUACACCUAUUCCAUGGUGGUGGUUCCACUAUAUGACACAUUAGGCCCAGGCGCCAUUCGCUACAUUAUUAAUACAGCUGAUAUUGCCACAGUGAUUUGUGAUAGACCUGAAAAAGCCAUCCUUCUCCUGGAAAAUGUGGAGAAGAAGGAAAUUCCUGGCCUGAAGUUCAUUAUUCUCAUUGAACCAUUUGAAAAGGACUUGAAAGAACGAGGGAAGAAAUGUGGUGUGGAGAUUCAGUCCGUGAAGGAAGUCGAGGAUUGUGGACGAGAGAACCAUCACCCUCCUGUGCCUCCUCGGCCAGAAGACCUUUCAAUCGUGUGUUUCACUAGUGGUACUACAGGGAACCCGAAAGGUGCAAUGCUCACCCAUGGGAAUGUGGUUGCUGAUUUUUCAGGCUUUCUGAAAGUCACAGAGAGUCAGUGGUCACCCACUUGUGAGGAUGUACACAUUUCCUAUUUGCCUUUAGCACACAUGUUUGAGAGAAUGGUACAGUCAGUAGUGUACUGCCAUGGGGGGAGAGUUGGAUUCUUCCAAGGAGACAUCCGCCUUCUGUCAGAUGACAUGAAAGCUUUACAUCCCACCAUCUUCCCAGUGGUCCCCAGACUGCUAAACAGAAUGUAUGACAAGAUCUUCAGCCAAGCAAAUACUCCAUUGAAACGGUGGCUCCUGGAAUUUGCUGCAAAGCGUAAGAAGGCUGAAGUCCGAAGUGGAAUCAUUAGAAAUGAUAGCAUAUGGGAUGAGCUAUUUUUUAAUAAGAUUCAGGCUAGUCUUGGUGGGUGUGUUAGGAUGAUUGUCACUGGAGCAGCUCCUGCAUCUCCCACAGUCUUGGGUUUUCUUCGUGCAGCCUUGGGGUGUCAGGUAUAUGAAGGUUAUGGCCAAACUGAGUGUACAGCUGGGUGUACCUUCACAACUCCAGGGGACUGGACCUCAGGUCAUGUGGGUGCACCAUUACCCUGCAAUUACAUCAAACUGAUAGAUGUGGAAGAACUGAACUAUUUUGCCUCCAAAGGAGAGGGAGAGAUUUGCGUGAAAGGACCAAACGUUUUCAAGGGUUAUCUCAAAGACAAGGAGAAGACCGAUGAGGCACUAGACAAGGAUGGCUGGCUUCAUACUGGAGAUAUUGGGAAGUGGUUACCUGCAGGUACUCUUAAAAUUAUUGAUCGGAAAAAGCACAUAUUUAAACUCGCUCAAGGAGAAUACAUUGCUCCAGAAAAGAUUGAAAACAUCUACAUUAGAAGUGAACCUGUAGCUCAGACUUAUGUGCAUGGAGACAGCUUACAGGCUUUCCUGGUGGGCAUUGUUGUGCCUGAUCCUGAAGUCAUGCCUAGUUGGGCAAAGAAGAGAGGUUUUGAUGGAACGUAUGCAGAGCUCUGUCAAGAUAAGGAAUUGAAGCAAGCUAUAAUGGAUGAUAUGGUCAGAUUAGGAAAAGAAAGUGGACUACAUUCCUUUGAACAGGUUAAAGCCAUUUACAUACACUCUGACAUGUUCUCAGUACAAAAUGGCUUGCUGACACCAACACUAAAGGCUAAGAGACGAGAACUAAGAGAUUACUUCAAAAAACAAAUAGAAGAGCUUUAUUCAACCUCUAUGUGAAGUUCAAGGGCAUUUCUUAACAUACUGGAUGGUGUAGCAAUAUUCCUAGUGAUGCUUGAAAGUGUGGUCAAAAUGAUGCAGUUGAAAGUGACUAAGCACUUGACCUUAUGACUGAGCCUUUUCGUGUUUCGAGAACUCUUUAACAAUAUUUUCUCUAUCAUCACCAAGCACCAUAUAUUUUUAUUGAACUGACAUUGUAACAGGCUGCUACAAAUAUGGCAUAUGGCAAUGUAAAGACAUCAAGACAUCAUCUCCAGUAUGGUAUACCACUAAAAUUAAUAUAUGUGUAUAAAAUCUCAAUGAUCAGAGAAAUCCUAUUAAAUAUGGAGGGAAAAAAACAUAAUUGAAUUAUUCUAUAAUUAUUUGCAAGCUAGUCACAAGAUGAAGUAUUUACCUAGACAAUGUUGGUCUACCUCAUUUAAUAAUUGAUACUCAAAAAUCACAGUUAAGUCUGGCCUAAAAAUUUAGAUUGAUUGUUACAAUAAAUCUUAUUGAAGGCAGAAGCCAGCUUCCAGAUUUGGAAGAACUUCAGUGUCUCUCAACAUUAUCUAAUCCUUAUUGAUAUGACCAUCAACACACAUUUCAGGCCAAGGAGCAAGUCAUCACUGUUUCAUGCUUAGUCAUAGUCAUGAGAAAAAUACAGAACCAGCCAAGGUAAACUAUACAGGGAUUGCUCAGAAAGAUGAAUAUUACAAACAUAUUUCCAGGAUGAUAUCUGCAUAUUCAUGGACUUUCAAGUGGCACAAACUCUAGAAGGUUACAUUUUCUGACUCUCCAAAAGACCCUGUGAGGAAGACUUGAGGAAAGCAACAAAACAACUUACUUCUCAGGAUAGAACACUGUUAGUAUAAAUAAGCUAGCUCCCUGCUAGAAUAUUUCAGUUAUCUACUCUGAAACUGUGAAUGCUAACACUAGCAAGCCCAAUUAGAUGAACAUUUCUAUAUAGCCAUAGAAUAGGACAGAACCUGGAUCUGGCCCAUCACAGAGAAAUCUGCAAAAACACUCACUUGCUUGAGAUAAAAAGAGAUCUUUGGUUCCUUAUUCCUAGAGGAUGGGGUGCUCCCCAAAGGUAAUAUGGUUCCAUGUCCCAUGUAGUUCUGGGUAAAGAGUUCAACAAGCUUCUGCAAAUUGCAACUGAAAAAACACCAUGAUACAGCUUGGAGUAUGGAAAUGUGCUCACCUAUCUCUUAAUAUCUUUGAAUAGCUUUAAAAAUGAAAGACCAUUUUUCUCAUGUUAUGGCUACUACAUAUGUCUUUCUUUGCUGCAACGGGAAAGAAAAUGUUCUCUACAUGGAUAUCAUCAAUUUCAUACAACAGAAACCGAGUUAUAAUGAAAAGCAAUCAAAUUAGACAACUAUCAUUCUGCUUCUGGAAAGUUUAGAACUUCAAGGAAGAGAGGACAUUAUUUCCCUAUUAGAGAUUUUGUUGCAGGAAGCCAAAGUGCUGAGUGAUUCAACAACCAAGCAACCAGAGAUGCUCCUUUUGGCCAGAGAGGAUCCUAGCAUUUUGUAAAUAAAUAAAUGCGGUCACUUAGAAACUAAAUACAUAUGUGGACCUGCUUGAUGAAUGCCUUCUGGAACAACAAUCUUGCAUUUGUUUUUCAGUCAAAGACUGGAAUGGGCUAAAGCUUCAAUCUAAAAAAACUAAUGUAUGUAUCUUAUCUGUCACAUACUUUAACAUGUCUCUCAAAUUCCAUUGCAUGCUUUUGCAAGUUUAAUAAACUGAAUGAAUAAACUAGCUACAUGCAGACUGGCAAAUUACAUUUCUGGAUAAGAAAUAUUCAAAGUGUAAAAAAAAAAAAAGAUUGCAUCUAUAUUUCAUUGAUUUUUCUUUACAUAGAAUUUGACUAACCAAAUGCUGAAUUCAUUGUUUGUCUGAUAACUGAUGCAAUUUUAUAGGCAAAUGACAUGUUUCUUAAUUAAACAGAAAUGAAAAAGAAGCACUUUCCAUUGUUCUUCCACUGUGGUAUGAACUUCAUUAUUUACCUUUAUUUCCAAAAGAAUCUUACAUGAGCAAAGAGUGCAAAAGUAUUUUUGUACAAAUGAGAGAAACCAUAUUUUUAUCUGACUUGUGCCCUGUACCAGCUAACUUCAGUCAUUUAUCAGUAAAAAUUUAAUCAGUUUUCUCUCACUUAAAAGAUCUACUGUUUCUUGUCUUUCCUGAAUAAUAGAAAUGAUCACAUAUGACUACAGAGUGAGAGUAGUUAGCAAGCCCAAGUUGAAAUGAAUGGCAUGGGUCCUAAAUAUGUUGCAUGUUACAUUAAUAAGUUCUUAUCCAUUAAUACUACCUAAUUUACUAAUGGAAGACAAUCAAGGUAACAUUUCCUUAGUGCAAAUUUUGCAUCCACAAAUCAGCAUUCUUUAUUUAGACAGAAAAAGGUGAAUUGUUUGAAUAGGCAAGACAGGAAAAAGCCAUACUGGAAACAUUAAACCAUCCCUAAACAGAUUCACAUUAAUUUAAUUAGUCCCUUAGACCUCACUAACUGUGGUAGUAUAAAACCACAGUGUUCCUGUUCAACUAGCAGGGAUUUACCUGGUCUUACAGAAAAGCAUAUUCAGCCUUUUAGCUUGCUUUUCAUUCAAAACAUGCUUAUUAUACCCAUCAUUUGCUGAAGUUGUGAAUUUCUAGUAUUCUCUUACAGUACCACGGAUACUAUCAAAUACAAUUUGCACUAUUUCUAUUCACUUUGGCCACAAAGGGUAUCUUGUUGGUCCACAUUCAGACAUUCAGGAUGAUUCCAACAAACCAAGAAAAUACACAUAGCAUCCCAUGUCAGUUAUAUGCAAGCUGUCUUGCAAGCUGCCAUAUGCUAAAAACCACAAAAUAAACAGCAAAUUCCCAUAACUUGAAUAAAUCACUUUGGGGUCCUAAACUUACAGAAUUGUAAAAAACAAACAAAAAAACCCAUCUUUUUUCAUUACAAAUGUGAAUUUUUUACAUAUAAAAUUCUUACUGGAUAAUAAUAGUUUUAGCAGCUCAAUGUCCACACCUUGGAUUUGAUUUUACUAUAUGUGUAUAUAUAGAGAGAAAAAAAUGACAUUUUUUCUGCUGUGAAGAAAAAUUAACUUAUUAACUUUUAUUUUCCAUGUGAGUAAAGCAUACAUUUUUGAUCUAUUUGUAUCGAAUAUAUAACCCUAUAAGAGAUGAAUGUAAAGAAAGGAGAAAAGUACUAUUUUUGAAUGAACCAGGACCACUUAAGAACUUAUUUAUUCCUCAGGAAAAAGAACUGAUGAAGAUCCUCCCAUAUGAUUAAUAUCUAUUCUUAUAUCUAAGUUGGUUAUAUUUCUUUUACUUAUUUUUAUUGUAAAGUAACAUUUCUAUGGAAAUAAAAGAGGAUACUGGUUGUCCAAAGAGUUCAUCCAUUUAUAUUGCAUAGUCUUUACUAUGACAUUUCAAUUUAUUGCAACCAGUAUGGGAUUAAAGUUUAAGAAUGAAAUAUACCAGAAAUGAGAUUCUUCUGUUAAAACUCCUUAGUAGUGAAAAUAAAGAAAAGGCAUGUAAGCACUUUGAAUAUGAAUCUCUGUAAUAUUGGUCCUAGUAGAAAAAGUUUUCAUGAUGGUAACAGUGGCUUUUAAAUCUUUCACUUGACUGAUUAUUUUGACUUUUCUUUUUUA